CCCCUCCCUCCGCGGAGCCUGCUCCGUGGAACGCAGAGCCCGGCAGGUUGGCCGAGUUAGAAGACCCGGAGCGCGUUGUGUGGUCAAGAUCGCUGAGCCUCCUGCCGCCGCUCCUCGUGCAGUGACCCGAGACCGCAGACUCAGACUUCCUGUGGCUCAGCCCGCGCCCCCCUGGCCGGGCCCGGGCGGCGCGACGGGAGGAUGAGCGGCGGGCGGCGGAAAGAGGAGCCGCCUCAGCCGCAGCUGGCCAACGGGGCCCUGAAAGUCUCUGUCUGGAGCAAGGUGCUGCGGAGCGACGCGGCCUGGGAGGACAAGGAUGAAUUUUUAGAUGUGAUCUACUGGUUCAGACAGAUCAUUGCUGUGGUCCUGGGUGUCAUUUGGGGAGUUUUGCCAUUACGAGGUUUCUUGGGAAUAGCAGGAUUCUGCCUAAUCAAUGCAGGAGUGCUGUACCUCUACUUCAGCAACUACCUACAGAUCGAUGAGGAAGAAUAUGGCGGCACAUGGGAGCUCACAAAAGAGGGAUUUAUGACAUCUUUUGCCUUGUUCAUGGUCAUUUGGAUCAUCUUUUAUACUGCCAUUCACUAUGACUGAUGGUGUACAAGCUCCCACCUCCCUGUCCAGUCCAAAGGAAGCCUCCUAAUAACAGCACAGAAACAUGAUUGUUGGGGCACCCCAGCCCCUUGGAACCUAAAAGACCUGUGUUUCCUGGACCUCUAAUCAGUGUGUUGGGCAUCAGUGUUUUCUGCAAGGAUUGUGACCUGAAACUUUUUAAAGAACCAUCACCUUUGGGGGAAGCAUUUCUGAGUUUGUCCAUCACCAACCAUUUCUUCUUGGAUGCCAUCAUGUAACAGCCGUUUGCCAAGUGGAGCUGUCAUUUACCUUGAUGCACCUAUGGAUUCGGAUGAAACAUUAAAAUGUCUUCCUCGAUUCUCUAUCAAGUGUACAGUUUUUAAACUAUCAGUGGCAUUUCAAGUCUUCUGAAACAAUAUGGCUGUAUGUGCAUGGCCCAUAGCACAGUAUGAGCAGCACCUAAUAACAGUUUCCAUUGUAGAAUGUUUUCAGAUACUUGAAUAAAUCAGAUCUUUAAUUGAGAA